CAGCACAUGCGACAGUUUGAGACACGUGUGUGGUAAACUACAUUUACAUAGGCACAUUUUGUGGAUGUGUGUGCACCGCAGCAUUUUGUAGCAUCUCGAGUUGGAGCCAUGGCAUUGGCCUUCAGCAGCAGUGAUCAAGCCGCCAUCGAUCGCACCGUUGAUCUGUCCACCGACGAUGUCAAACCUGCGGCUGACGAUUCGGAACUCGAGUUCAAGUACGAAGUCAAGCGUUCUGUAGCCUGGAUCUGCGAAAACGGCUUCAGGAAGGUAGCACUGCAGUUCCCUGAUGAAAUGCUGGUCGACUCUGUGAGCGUCACCCUGGCACUUCAGGCUAGUGUUCCAGCUGAACUCUUCAUCCUAGGUGACACAUCCUACGGAAGUUGCUGUGUCGACGAAGUCGCUGCGGAGCACGUUGGGGCGGAUGCCAUCGUCCAUUAUGGCCACUCCUGCCUGAGUGUGCCAUCGAGACUUCCGGUGCUGUUCAUCUUUGGAAGAUUGCCCUGCACCACUGAGGGAUUGGAGCAGGGACUGCAUAAUGUCUUUCCUGACCCCGAUGCCAGGAUAGCUGUGCUUUUCGAUACGCAGUACGACCACUGCAAGUGUGACGUUUUUGCCAAGAUCUCAGCCCUGUUCAGAAAUGCUGUCUGCUCUGAACUGGUCAUACCGUCUGUGCAGCAGGAUGUGAAGAAUUGCAGCAGAGGAACACAUGUUAUAACUAAGUGCUCACGGACGUUUUGUAUCCCAGAAAACACCAGCCUCGAGGACCACUCUAUAUUGUUCAUUGGACCCGAGAACAGGACAUUGACAAACAUUGUGUUCACGUUUAACAAUUGUGCGUGCUACUCGUACGACCCAAAGACUCGGGAGACUCGUCGGGAAAGCCUGACAGUCAACCGGCAACUCAUGCGCCGUUACUACCUCAUUGAGAAAGCAAAGGAUGCCAGCAUCGUGGGGAUUCUCGCAGGCACCCUGGGGGUUCAGAAUUACCUCUCGGCGAUAGGCCACCUGAAGAAGCUGAUCCGGAAUGCGGGGAAGAAGCCGUACACUCUCGUUACGGGCAAGCUCAACGUUGCCAAGCUCGCCAACUUUCAGGAGAUUGACGUUUACGUGCUCGUCGCGUGUCCCGAGAACACUCUGCUCGACUCCAAGGAGUUCUUCCGGCCGAUCGUGACCCCCUUUGAGCUGGAACUAGCCCUGAAUCCCUCGAGGCAGUGGAGCCAGACAUUUUCAGCAUCGUUCAGUGACAUCCUACCAGGUGGUGAGCUGUACUUGGAACUUGAGGAGCAGUCCUCGCAGCCAGAGUACGACGUCUCCCUGGUCACUGGCAAGAUAAGAAGCCUCGGCGUUGAGGGCAAAGCAGACGACGAGGGCAGCACCACUGGUGGCACACUCGUGGCUAAAGAAGGCACGGUAGCCGUGCCCCAACUCCACAUUGCUGCCGCAGGCGAAUACCUCAUGAACAGGACAUGGCAAGGACUGGAGACCCGUCUGGGCCAGACACCGGCAGCCACCAUCAGCAAAGGGCAGGUGGGGCUGGCCGCUGGCUACGUAGGCGAGGGCGAAGGAGGACACGCGCAGAUGUAGCUGCUUCAACUUGCUCCACACUGAAGCCACUGUUUGAAGAACAGAUGGAAGCAACAUUCCCCAUGCUGUGGCUCGCCUCUGAUAACAACCGUGCAGACCACUCAUAGCCACGCUCCUCUGCAAAGGUCCCGUGAAUGCUCUCGUGCCGUUUUAUGGCCUGACAAGACGGGAUCACUGGAACCUGGAGACUCGAGGUGAUCGGCAGCGGCGAUCAACCAAAAGACGCUGCCAGAAGCAGCGUUUCGAUAAAGGGACUUAGUACCUGCAUUCCGACCGAGACAAGGCCAGAGCAUUGCUUCCGGCAGCCUUGCUUGUUUGACUGCUGCUGAAUAUUUGAAAGCCUGAAUUAAA